CUCCUCCUCCUCUAACUAAGUCCCGACUCACUCUCUCUCUCAUCAAUAAUUGCCAUGGCUUCUCUCUCUUUCCUCUCUCUCCCCCCAUUGCCCAAGAUCAGAACUAACCCUAACCCAACCCUCUCUCUCCUCAACAGCUACAACCCAUCCGAUUCCGUCAGCAGUAGCAGGUUUGUUUUGGGUCCGAGAUCCUUGAAAAGGAGAAUGAUGAACAGGGGAGGCGCCGUCUGCUACGCCGCUGCUUUUAGGCCCCAAACCCUGCAGUGGGUCUCUGCAGUUUCCACUGCGGUAUUAGUGUUCACAAAAGGCACUACCAUUCAGAAAUCUUUUCUAGUUCCUCUUUUUGCCCUGCAAGCACCAGCGACUGUCAUCUCCUGGAUCAAGGGAGAGUAUGGUGUCUGGACAACUUUUCUUGCACUUUUAGUUCGUCUAUUUUACUUCAUCCCGGGUGAACUUGAUCUUCCUUUCUUGACAAUGCUGCUCGUGAUUGUUGCUCCUUAUCAAGCAAUGAACUUAAGAGGGAGUCAAGCUGGUCUAAUCAUUUCCUUGGUGAUUUCUGCAUAUUUGGCUUUCCAACAUUUCUCAAGGGCCGGAAGCUUGAGACGGUCAUUUGAUCAAGUAUCUGUCAUUCCUACUUUAGCUAUCAUAUGCAUUACUAUUGUAUCAUGCUUGUUUUGCUUCUGAUCUUGUGACCUUUAAGGAGCUUCAUGUGGCCAUAGUAACUAAAGUGCUUUAAGGGAGAUAUGCACAAGGAGAAAAAAUCGUGUAACAAAAUUCUGAAGUUUGAGGUAGUGUAAACCUUUCAAGUACCUAUGAAAAUAGUUCUCAAUUUUAAUAAUGUAUGCUCUGUUAACUUUCCUUC